UCUCCCUAUAUAUACCCCUCCGGAUUCGUCGCCCUCUUGUCCAAUUGAUCGCCUCUCUCCCCUUUUCUCUCACCGCAUCUCAGACACGCACGCACGAACAUACAUACAAAUAUACGUGCGCAAAUACGUACGGAUGGGCGGCUGCAACUCGUGCGAGGCGACGGCCAUAGCGGCGUCGGCGGCGUCGUCUGCGGAGGCGGCGGAGGCGACGGCGAAGGUGGUGUUGGGGGACGGGAGGCUGCAGGAGUUCGCGGGGCCGGCGAGGGCGCGGCACGUGCUGCAGAAGGUGGUGGGGGGCGGGGGCGGGGGCUUUGCGGUGUGCAGCGCGGACGACGUGGAGCUGGGGGAGCGCGUGGCGGCGGUGGGGCCCGACGAGGAGCUGCAGGCGGGGCAGCUCUACUUCCUGCUCCCCGCCGGGAUGCUGCGCCGGAGGGUCCGCGCCGAGGACAUGGCCGAGCUGGCGCUCCGGGCCAGCGCCGCCCUCGUCGGCCACGCCGGCCCCCUCGUCUUCCCUGCCCGCCACGCCGACAAGCAUCGGGGGGAGGACAUGCUCACCACCACCACCACCACCACCACCAGGCGGCAGACGAGGGGCCCCUCUGCCAAGGCCCGCGAUUUCGCUUCCCACCUCACUUCUAUCGAGGAGUAGCUAGCUAUAGCGGCGCGCGCGCUAUAUAUACAUAUUUAUAUAUAUGUUUAUAUUUAAGAGAAGAGAAGAGAAGAGCCUAGCAAGCUUCCACCAGAUCGUAUAUGCAAAAUCCACAUCGAAGCCAUCAUUAACAAAAGAAGAAACGGAAUAGAACAGAACAGUGAUAUAUCCUUAUUAAUUAGUUGCCGAACUGCAUGCGCCCCCCGGCCCAACUGCAUGCGCAGCAGCACGGAACGCCACUAUACAACUACAGUGCACCAGCCGCUAGUCAUAAUAAUUAAAGACUAUUCUCUGCCCAUUCGCUAUCAGAUUGCGACUGCAUGACGACAGCGCAGAAGAGAGAGAGAGAGAGAGAGAGAGAGAGAGAGAGAGAGCGAAUGGAGUCCUACAAAUAAUGCAACAGAGACUGGGCCUCACAUUAUUUAUCUUCGUGCUCAAUCAAUCAAUCAAUUGCGCUGAAAUUUAAUAAAUUUGAUCUGUGUUAAUAAAAAUAGAUAUGUUAUAGUGUACUGGAGUAGCAUUCAAAGAGAGAACAAGAGAGAGAGAGAGAGAGAGAGAGAGAGACUGAUUUUUUUGAUUUGAAAAUAUGUACAACUCUUUGCUCUUUUUGGUUUUUGGUUGUGUAAAUAUAAAUAAUUGCGGUUAGUGUUGAAAUUAAGCCAUCGUACGAUGAAAGUGAUGUUCCCUAAUGAUGCAACAGAGACUGGGCCUCACUUUAUUUAUCUUCGAGCGCAGACUGGUUAAGAUUUAAUAAAUGAGCAGUACUUUUAUA